AUGGCUCCCGCUCCCCCAAGACUCCGGAUUCUUUCAGUCGGCGGCAACUCCGUCUCUGCCUUCUUGUCAUGGCGCCUCCAAGCAACAAACGCCUGCGAUGUCACGCUCGUCUGGAAGAGCGGCUACGAGAGCGUGGCUCAGUACGGGAUAACAUUCAAGUCUGCAAUGUUUGGUAAUGAGCGGUUCAAACCACACGCAGUCGUCAAAACACCCGAAGAUGCUGCUCAACUCUCGAAAGCCCCUUUCGACUACGUCCUCCUCUGCAUCAAGGCUCUCCCCGACGUCUACGACAUUGCCAACAUCAUCGAGUCUGUCGUCGCGCCCCAGCACACCUGCAUCCUGAUGAACACGACGGCUAAUCUCGGCGUGGAAUCGUACCUGGAGCAGAGAUAUCCCACCAACGUGGUGCUGUCCCUGGUCUCGGGAGCGGAGGUUUCACAGCUAGGUGCUAGCGAGUUCGAGCAUAAGGGUGCCACCGAAAUCUGGGUUGGACCUGCCAACAAGAACCCAUCGAUUCCCGUAUCGAUACAGUCCGACAUGGCGGAAGCCCUUGCCAUGACUUUGAGUUCGGGCCAGGUCGACUGCGUGGUGUCACCGAACAUUCGCCAGCAGCAAUUCGAACGGAUGAUUGGUCCGAUCGCCUUCCAUCCUGCAAGUGUUCUGUUCGAAACUCCCAUUCACGCAGAAAUCCUCGAAAAAGUUGGUGGAAGGGCGAUGGUUACCGGAGUCAUUGACGAGCUAUUGACGCUGGCUACGGCCCUCGAAUGCAGCUUCCCUGCCGACUUCGAGGAGAAGACGAUUGAGGCAAUGAUUCGGCCAGCGGAUAGCAACACUAUCAUGUACCAGGAUUUCGAGGGCAGACGCCCUAUGGAGAUUGAAUCGUUCCUGGGAGCUCCAUUGAAGCUUGCCAAGGAGUAUAACGUCUCGGUCCCCCGUAUCGAGACAUUAUACGCCAUGAUCCACCAUGUCAACACCGUGAACCGGACCCGACCUGUCGGUCCAUCUCUAUCCUCGACUCCCGGACCCCCUGGGCCUCCAUCUCAAGCACCACCUCCUAGGAUGUCGUCGGCACCGCUGCCGCGAGGACAUCCUGGCGCGAACGGAAUGAAUGGCAUGAAGAGUGGCGGUCCUCGACCGGGGAGUCGCGCUCCUUCGAUGACAGGGCCUCCACCAAGCAUGGCUCGUCGUGGUCCUCCUAUGAAUGGGUACCCUCCAAGAGUGAAUGGCAAUGGGUACGGUCCGCCAAAUCCACAAAUGCAACGACGGCCUUCACUCGAAGGCGGGGAUCUGGAAGAGUUCAGUCAUCUGAUGUUGUAUGACAACAUGGCAGACACCACUGGAGUAGAUCCCAACGGCAUGUAUGACAACAACAUGGCCUCUUCGUCGGGCGAUCUUACCCUCCGCGAAAGGGAAUUCAUGUUACGCCAAAAGGAGCUUCAGUUGAGAGAACAAGAAUACAACAUGCGGAGGGGACCUCGUCGACCAGGACCUCCACCAUCACACAUGGGCGGGUUCGAUGAAGAUGACGACGAAGACGAUUUCUUUGACCCGAUGGCUGGUCGUGCUGCACCUAUCAUUGACCCGGACAACUUCGACAUGAUGAGUGUCACCUCUCGCAGAAACCGAAAAGUGCCCAGCGCCAGCCAAAUUCGGAAGAACCCGGACCCAAACACAUUUGAAGGCCGUGGUCCUCCACCCCGAAGAGGAAAUCCUUUUGGUCGGGCUGGCAUGAACAAGAACCGGACCAGCGCUAGAAUGAUGGCAGACGUUCCGGGUCUUCACGACUCUAUAAUGAACAAUGCUCUGAUGGGCUAUUCGUCUAAUCGGUAUGGCACAGUUGACAGACAGGCGAUGGGUCAAGAAUCAAGGACGAACUCACUCACAGCAGCUCGCUUGGAUGAGUUGCAAGGAAAUGGCAGCCACGGUGCAUACCCUCCGAUGAACCGGCGAAUAAGUCAAUCGCCCGGCAACCCUCUCAGUCCUGGCCCUGGUCCCCGACCCGGAGGGCGACCAUCGCCUCCCAAUGGGUAUCCCACGUAUCCCAAUGGGAUGCCUAACGGAAUGCCCAACGGGAAUGGGCGGCCAUCACCGCCCAAUAUGAGGCAACCGUUGCCGCGACAUCCUCCGGGACAUGGCAAUGCAGUGGCUCCUCAACAAGUCGAGCAACAAGCAGGGGUGAGCACCCUUUACCCGCCCAAAGUCGGUCCCCAAGUGCGCAGUCUGACUGGAAGUGCGAGCGCUAGCGCGGAGAGUGGUGAUAGCGGCGCGAGUGCCCAACUAGAUUCCGAACCCUCUGCGCACAGCAGUCAGAGCAGUCUAGGACCUCGUCCUCCGAUCGGCGUCCGAUAA